CCGGGAAGAUGGCGGCGGCUGCGCGGAGCGGGUGGCGGCCAUAAUGGAGGCGGAGGGCGGCCCGCUCGGCCCGGGGGAGCGCUGGGCGCCGGUGGGCGCCGUGACGGCGGACGAAGAGGAAGAGGAAGAGGAGACGACGGGGUCGCCGCGGUCGGUGCCGCGGUUGCGGGCCGAGCGGCGCCGCCUGCACGGGGCGCUGCUGGCGCUGGCCUCGCACUUCGCGCAGGUGCAGUUCCGGCUGCGGCAGGUGGCCAGGGCCGGCCCGGCCGAGCAGCAGCGGCUGCUCCGCGACCUCGAGGACUUCGCCUUCCGCGGCUGCCCCGCAGCGCUGCCCCACGAGCUCGGGGAUGGCCCGAGUGGGCAAGAGAAGCAGGAGCAAAUUGAGAUCCAGAAGGAAAAGCAAAGAGAGCUGAUCUUACAGCUUAAGACACAGCUGGAUGACCUAGAGACGUUUGCAUACCAAGAGGGCAGCUAUGACUCUCUUCCACAGUCUGUAGUUAUGGAAAGGCAACGGAUGAUCAUAGAUGAAUUGAUUAAGAAGCUGGACAUGAACUUGAGUGAAGAUAUUGCAACACUCUCUCCAGAAGAACUGCGACAGCAUGUGGAUGCUGCCAUAGCACAGAUUGUUAACCCAGCACGGGUGAAGGAACAGUUGGUGGAACAACUGAAGACACAAAUAAGGGACCUUGAAAUGUUUAUCAACUUCAUUCAAGAUGAAGUGGGAAGCUCUGGUAAGGCGGAAGAUGGACACUGUGAGUGCGCAGGCAGAAAAGAUGGUGGUGGUUCCUGCAAACCAAAUAUGUGGUCUUCUGGAAACAGAGUGAACCCAGAAGAUGCCAAAAAGAUGCGAGAAACGGGCCUGCACCUCAUGCGUCGCAUGCUUGCUGUGCUACAGAUAUUUGCUGUGAGUCAGUUUGGUUGUGGUACUGGUCAAAUUCCUCGCAGCCUCUGGCAGAAGGACCAAGCCAACAAGGACUAUUCUCCCUUAAUUAAGAAACUGGAGCUGUCUGUAGACCGGGUGAGGCAGCUAGCUCUGAAACACCAGCAAGAUGACCAUGUUAUCAGUUCUUCUGAUCUGCAGGAGGUUUCAUUAGGAGGGAGAGAUGAACUGACUCUGGCUGUGCGGAAGGAGCUGACCAUUGCUUUGCGAGACUUAAUGGCUCAUGGGCUCUAUGCCUCUUCUCAAGGGAUGAGCUUGGUGUUGGCACCCAUUGCAUGCUUGAUUCCUGCGUUCACCUCCUCGCCACAGACCAUGCACCCCUGGGAGCUCUUUGUGGAGUAUUACAAAACUAAAAACGGACAGGCUUUUGUGGAGUCUCCAGCUCGCAAGCUCUCCCAGUCCUUUGCUUUGCCUGUGACAGGAGGAGUCACUGUCACACCCAAACAGAGCCUGCUGACAGCAAUUCACACGGUUCUCACUGAGCACAACCCCUUCAAGCGCAGUGCAGACUCUGAACUGAAAGCUCUAGUGUGUAUGGCACUAAACGAGCAGCGCUUGGUCUCCUGGGUAAACCUGAUCUGCAAAUCUGGAGCUUUGGUGCAAUCUCACUACCACCCGUGGAGCUACAUGGUAAACACGGGCUUUGAGAGUGCACUUAAUAUCCUCAGUCGUCUGAGCAACUUGAAGUUCAACCUCCCAGUUGACCUGGCUGUCCGGCAGCUGAAGAACAUCAAAGAUGCUUUUUGAUUUAUUUUUAUUGUAGGUCAUCCACUUUUUGUAUGUGAGCGGCUGUUGGUUGCCAGAAGCCUGGCCUUUCUUUCUUUAAGACCAAGUUUGGCUCUUUGAAAUCAGUACUUGCUUUUAGAGAAAUCUUGACGCUGGUGGCUGGGUGUGGUACGGUGCUUUAUCCUGCCCUUCUUGUGCAGUUCUGAAUAGCAAAACCGGUGAACAGAUGAAUGGUGCCAGGUGCUGAAUGGGUGCAGGAGGGUCCUGCCCACAGAGCCUGCCCAUGAUGGUGCCAGUACGAGACGCCCCUCAGGAUUGUGAGGCAGCCUGAGGCUGCUCGGCAGUGGGAGGUUGGUUGCUGGGGUUUGAUGUGGCUGUGAGGGGUCAGGGGUUUGUUUGAAUGUAAGAGAACUGGGGGCAAAUCAUGGCUGAGGAGCCGGGCACGCGCUGAACAGCAACAUUCAUCCAGGUGCUGGGUGAGGGGUGACGUGCAAGUUACUUUGUGCUGUUGUCUGGAGCUCGUGUGCAGCGGUCAGAGCAGCACAGAGCUGCUCAGAGCAGAUGUAUUAAAGUUCCUUACUAAGUGUCUGUGGGGAGAAUCCA